CCAUGGUCAACACAGCAGUCCCGGCAUUGUCGACGUGCGUGACGUGCACACACUAUCUAUGGUUUACCUGCAAUCCUGAAAGACCCUAUGGCUACCGAGAUGUCCAUGGACACGGUGCUGGCUCCUGACCCUGCCCCCUCGGCCUCCCCUCCUGCCCUUGGCACCAGUGAAGCCCAGGACCAGAUUUCCAGCCAGGAGCCAGCAAUACCAGAAAUCCCAGACACAGCGCUGACCUCGGAACCCGAUGCUGCCCCAGAUCACAUCCCGGCUCCGCCUACGAACCCAGACAAGGCCCCCGGCCCUGUGCCAGGCUCUGAGCUGCCCCCAGCCCCCCUGCUGCCGGACAGCGCUAAGAACCCAAGCUGUAAGAUCAUGACCUUCAGGCCCGUGGAGGAGUUCAAAGACUUUGCCAAAUACAUCGUCUACAUGGAGAGUCAAGGGGCUCACCGGGCUGGACUGGCAAAGGUGAUUCCCCCAGAGGGCUGGAAGCCGCGGAGGUGCUACGACACCAUCGAGGACAUGGUGAUUCCAGCUCCCAUCAUGCAGGUGGUGACCGGACAGUCGGGUCUGUUCACCCAGUACAACAUCCAGAAGAAGUCUAUGACCGUGGGCGAGUACCGCAAGCUGGCCAACAGCAAAAAGUACUGCACACCCCGGCACAAAGAUUUUGAUGACCUGGAGAGGAAGUACUGGAAAAACCUGACAUUUGUGUCGCCAAUUUAUGGUGCCGAUGUCAGUGGCUCCAUCUAUGAUGAGGACAUUCAAGAGUGGAACAUCGGCCGUCUGAACACGCUGCUGGAUAUGGUGGAGCAGGAGUGUGGCAUCGUCAUUGAGGGGGUCAACACUCCCUACAUGUACUUUGGGAUGUGGAAGACCACAUUUGCCUGGCACACUGAGGACAUGGACCUCUACAGCAUCAACUACCUCCACUUUGGACAGUCAAAGUCAUGGUAUGCCGUCCCCCCUGAGCACGGCAAGCGACUGGAGAGGUUAGCACAAGGCUUCUUCCCUGGAAGCUCCCAAGGCUGCGACGCCUUCCUUCGCCACAAGAUGACUCUGAUUUCUCCCUCCAUCCUAAAGAAAUACGGCAUUCCCUUCGACAGGAUGACUCAGAAUGAAGGGGAGUUUAUGGUCACCUUUCCUUAUGGCUACCAUGCUGGCUUUAACCACGGCUUCAACUGCGCAGAGUCUACAAACUUUGCCACCCUCCGCUGGGUGGAUUACGGCAAAAUGGCUACCCAGUGUACCUGUCGUAAAGACAUGGUGAAGAUCUCCAUGGACGUGUUUGUACGCUGCCUGCAGCCGGAUCGCUACGAGCUGUGGAAGCAGGGCAAAGACAUCACGGUGUUGGACCAUCUAAAGGCCACUGGGCUCAGCUGCCCUGAACUAGAGCGCUGGAGGGAGCAGCGUGUCAGCCACAGAGCAAAUAUCCUGCGAAGGGCCAUGCAGAAGAUGAAGCAACUUCGUCGUCUGAAGCUGGAGGAUGUCAAGGUGCUGGCAGAGGAAGGCAUUGAGCUGAAUGCAGCGGAGUACCAGCGUCAGGUGGAGGAGCGCGAGGCCCAGAGGAGGCUGGACCGAGAGGAGCGGCUAGCCAAAGAGGCCAUGAUGACGCUGGAGGCAAUGGAGCGUGAGGAGCAGGAGGCUGCUGAGGCCGCUGCUAGAGCAGCAGAGAAUACAGAUAUAGAAGAACAAGAACCCGAGGCCAAACCACAGAUCCUGGCAGAUGACACUGAGAAAAAGAAGCAGAAAAAGCAGAAGAAGUUGACAAAUAUGAACGACCCCACCACUGGGUUUCAGGAAGCCUUUGCACAGUUUGCCUCCUCCAGCAUCAAGAAGUCAGAAAACAACAUGGUCAGUCAUCCAGAGCUAGAAGUGAGCGCUCCCCAGGCAUGCUACUCCAAGGUGAAGAUGCCAACGGAGGUAAAAAAGAGCAGACGUCACCCCCUCAGCAAGCCCCCCAUGCGCUCCCCUCUGUCCAUCAUCAAACAAGAACCGACCAGCGACAAAGAGCCGUCCUCCCCAACGCAGCUGGACAGCGACAUGAAGAAACAGGAGCACCUGUGGCAGAAUCACUCACCCAACUUCCUGGCAGAGAAGGCUUUCAAUGCAGCAGUGGCAGCGCUGCAGCCACACUGCGCUGUCUGCUCCCUCUUCUGUCCAUACCCCGAGCCACACAAAGACAGUUUUGCAGGCAGUGAAACCCACCGCGCCUCCCUUCCCCGUCGAACGCGUCCUCUGGUCCCAGAGAUGUGCUUCAGCGUCGGAGCCAGCAACACGGAGCCUCCACCCACCAACUACCACAUCGGAGAGGAUGGAACCAGUCCUCUGCUCUGCUGUUCGUCUUGCAACGUGCAGGUUCAUGCAAGUUGUUACGGUGUGAAGACGGACUCAGUCAGGGAGUCCUGGACGUGCCCCAGGUGUGCAGCGGGAGCCUGGACCGUGGAGUGUUGUCUCUGUAACCUGCGCGGAGGAGCUCUGAAGUCCACCAUUGACAACCGGUGGGUCCAUGUCAUCUGUGCCAUCGCUGUGCCUGAAGCCCGCUUCGUCAACGCCAAUGAGAGGGAGCCGGUGGACGUCAGUGCAGUUCCAGAUACACGCAAAAAUCUGAAGUGUGUAUUCUGCCAUGGAAAGACGGCCAAUCAGAACCGCGGCGCCUGCAUCCAGUGCUCACAAGAGAACUGCGCCACCUCCUUCCAUGUCACAUGCGCACAGAUCGCCGGAGUCGUCAUGACACCAGCCGACUGGCCCUACGUGGUGUCCGUCACCUGCAACAGGCAUAAAAGAUUCCCUCCAAAGCCUCGGACAUCCCUCAAAAGCCAGCAGGGUCUGAACCUAGGACAGAAAGUGAUUGGCCGUAACAGUGACGGCUGGUACUACCAUUGUACACUCAUCGGCAUGGCAACACAGACGUUCUACGAGGUCAACUUUGAUGACGGCUCAUACUGUGACAACCUGCACCCAGAAAACAUAUUGUGUCACGACUGCCUGCAUUCGGGUCCUCCUGAGGUGGGGGAGUUGAUAGUGGUGGGCACAUCUGACGAUCAGAUUAUCAACGCUUCCUUUGUCAAAGAGCACUCUCACAAGUCCUACCAGGUUGAGUUUCAGGACCAGAGUCAGCUGAUACUUAAACACUCAGAGAUCCAUCUGCUGGAGCAUGAACUCCCGAAGAGGGUCCGAGCCAGACUGGCCAUCCCUGUACCUCAGGUGGGGGUUUCAUCCACAGAUGAAGCCCAGGCAGCCAAACGCCGCUGCCUCCCGUCAGGCUCCGCCUCGUCCACACCCAUGGAGACCACCAAUAAACCCUCCUGUUCCCUAACUACAGCUGCUGUAGCAUCGCGAGGAGCAGAACAUCUCAGUAUUCACACAUCACAAACCUCACAACCUUUACCCCGGUCCACCAUGACCCUACACAAAGCCCCCUCCCACACCAAUGGUAUUCAGAUGGACGUUGAGACCCCCAUGGACACCAGCGUGGCCCUCACAGACGCUCUCACGGAGUCGACCCUGGCCUCAGAUGCCAUGCUGACUCCGCAGCCAAACCCCUUUUCAGUGGACGUUUCCUUCAUGGAGAGCCUCCUCAAUUCACAUUUCCAUCAGGACAGUAGUCCAGGACCCCUGUAUUAAAAACCUCCACUUUGUUAUUACUCGGCCAGUGGAGGCUGAGCCAAUAGGAAGUCGCUAACUGAGGUGGAUUCACUGAGUGCUGGAAUUAUGGACUAAAAACAUUUCCUCCACCGGCUCAGAGAGCUCAGGGCGGAGCGAAAAAAGACACAAGCACUCUUUAAUGCAUGCUCCUUUUUUAUUCUUUGAGUUAAUGUAUUGCGGUGGUGCUCUGAGGUAAAAGGUAAAGGAUUAUUAUUUUUUUGACAUAAUUAAUAUAAUUUGUUGUUUUUCUACGCGUUUUCCAUUUCUGGUCAGCUGCUGUGCUUCCCUUCUCCAGUUUAAUAUGAAUACUUCUCUUAGUGGUAUCAACUCCAUACCUCGGUGCAUUAACUCGAUGACGGCACACUCCCAUUGUCUUUUGUACAGAAAACUAAUUAUUAUAACGGCCUCUAAGCAUUAAGGCCCCUUUUUGAACUUUUCUUCUUCUUUUUUCUUUUUGAAAUCAAACAACCAGCAACAAAUGUUCUAUUUUUCAAUCGGGCCGCUUGUGGCUUUGGAACUGUGAGGUGGAACUAAAGUGUUCAUUUUCCAUCGGAUUGCAAAAGGGGGGAGAAUGGGGUGAAAAAAAAUGUAUUGUAUGGGAAUUCAGUAUUUAAAUGUCUUAGUCAAAUAUCGAUAUAAUUAUUUGUAAUGGCAGAAAAAUGUUGAAUGCAAACACUAAUAGAUUUGUUUUCAGGAUGCAAUGUUUUUUAAAGAUGUGUCACAGGUGAGACCUUUAGUGACAUCAUUUAAUCUGACAUUUGGCAGCUCCACUCUUUUCACCUAAAUCUGUCUCAGGGUUCCUACAUGUGGAAAAAAUGUUGCUUUAACAUCCGAGUCUUCACACAGUUGAGGAAGGACAGAACAGCCGGAAAAUAUUCAUCAGCCGUAAUUGGCUCAUGAAUAACCCGUUGCUGAUAAUAGCUCCUGUUAUCAUGUUGUCCACUAUUAUAGGUAAUGUCUCUCUAUGUCUUCUUUCUCCUAUUAGCACAUGAUCUGGUGAAACAAAUUGAAGUAAAUGUUAAGGAUACAAGUCUGGAACAUGUAUGUUAUUUGAAAAUGUGUAUAUGUAGGAACCCUACAAUCUGAAAAUAUGAUGUUCUAUGAUUUGUUUUCAUUGUAUGUACAAGUCAAUAUUGUAUAUUAAGUAUCUUGUUUUUGUAUUACCCUAUCCUUAUAUUGUACAUUUUCUUAUUUUUAAUUCAUAAACUUGGCCUAUUGAAAAUAUUAAUGAGUGUAUUUUUUACACAUUUCAACACGUGUAUUAUACUCAGUUUGCACCAGUAAAUACAUCUUUCAAUUUGCGGAUAUGGCCGCGCUUUGCUUCAUGGGUGCUUUUAGAGACAUUAAACUACUGAUGGACUGAUUUCCCAACACUGUCACCUUGUACAUACUGAGGCCAUGUGUAUUGUGAAUCAGAUUUGUAAAUGUUGCACAUAUAUACUUCUCUUUUUUUUCUUUUGUCUGUCAUCAAACUGCAAUGUUGGGGCACAAACUUGUUCCUGUAUCCAAAUGAAAUCCAUCAAGAACAUUUUAUUUCAGAGGGAUUAAAGUGGGUUGCUAGUC